AUGCGAACAGACAAGAGCCGCGAUUCGGGAGGGGUCUUCAGGAUCUGCUUUAUUCGACUGUCUGUCCCUCGCAGCGUCUUUCCUCCUCUUCUUCCCCCGGCUGAAGCGUCCCUUAGCCCGGUCGCCAUCGUCUCUGCAAGAUUGGCCGUGCUUUUGCUGGGCUAUGGAGAUAAGACACCUGCUCGGAUCGCUGUUCGGGACAUGGGCGCGGGAUCGGAAGAAAAGGUGGGCGGACAGAUUUCCAGAAAUGCUGAGGUGUUCCACAAUAAAACUCGCACCAACCCACAGUCUCCAAUGCUGAUGAUGAGGCACUGUUUUGGGAACAGUGGGGCGGCAGGAAAUUGA